CAGGGAUCAUGUUGAAGGUGACAGGUAGUGCCAUGCCGGGAGCCCUGAGUUUGUUGCCGAUCACCGUCUUUGCUGCUGUCGGAGACGCGGAGAAAGAGGCGAGCGCCCCGUUGAACCGGGAUGAACUGUCUUUAUACGCCGCUCCACGGCAGAAGUCUCGGUACGUGGAGCCUGAAGCGGGUCAGCUGGAGGACAGUGUCGCCACCCUCAGGAAGUUAGUCGAGCCUUACACGGUUUGGUGUCAGAUCACCUACAACAAAAUUAAACCCAGAGUUCAAAGUGUCGUCCGGUUCGGGAACGACACCUACAACUACUUGAAGAACCCGCCGCAGGACUUUUAUCCCCGGGCAGGAGUCAUCGGCUUCACCGGGGUCCUGGGGCUCUUCCUUGCCAGAGGCUCCAGGAUUAAAAAGCUCAUCUACCCGGCGGGCCUGAUGACCGUGAGCGCCUCCCUGUACUAUCCGGAGCAGGCUGCAGCGAUCGCCAAGUCUACCGGAGACUCCGUGUACGACCGCGCAGUGCAGAGCUACGCUGCCGUGGAGAAGAUGCUGAGUCCCCACAGCAAAGAUGAACAGGGCAGCGGCUCAGAACCUAAACCCUGAGGAUCUCAGUGUUUCUGCAGCAACGCAACAAUAAGAAAUCAGCAUCUCCUGAUAUUGUAGAUUGAUAUUUACUACCUAGACAGGCUCUAAUGUGUGUGACUCUCAUGCCCACUUUUUGCACUAAGCUUCACAUAUAACUCAGGCCGGGCAUGGCCUGUCACAACGGGUUCACAACUUGACCAAUUCACCUCUGCUUUCUGAUCUGAAUGUAUAUUUAUGUUAAGAAUGAAUAAAAAUCAAACGUCUUACAUUAAAAUCUUAAGGCAUUUGUCGAUUUUGGACUGUCUGGUGUUACCACCUUAAUUCUGUCUCUUCAGCAGUUAAAUAUCACACUUAAAUUAAGAUGAUUACAAAUCAAACACAGCU